ACUGUGAUUCCCUUAGACCAGUGAUUCCAGUUACUAAAGCUUUGAUGCAUAUUACCGAGUUGGUUGUGAUCGUACCAUAAUGCUGUAUUAUUCAUUACUGUAACACAAUUGUUGAUAAUAUUCUUCUUCCUCUGUGAGGGAGCAAAGUUUCCACACCAAGAAAUAAAAAAAAUGUCCGAUUCAGAGGCUAGUAAUUUUUCGGACAAUGACAGUGACGCGGGAGGCCGUGGUGGCGGUGGAAGUGAAAGCGAGUCUGAAGACAACCGUUCGGUAAAAUCUGGAGGCGCUAGUGAUACAGGUAGUGGACGCCGUUCUCGUAGCGCAUCGAGAAGUAGGAGAAGAAGUAGAUCAAGAUCACAAUCCAAAAGUCAUUCCAGAUUAAGAUCACGCUCUCGUUCAGGUUCUGGUUCGGACGCUGGAGGUAGCCAUCGAGCAGAUGAGGCUGAAGAAGCUCAUUCUGGUGACGACGAAGAAGUUGAGCCUGAGGAGGAACCAGAAGGGGAAGAUUUGGAUGGUAGCAGUGAUUAUGACGAGGAGGAGUAUGAAGAUGACGACAGACCGAGCAGGAAGAAGAAGAAAAAAGACAAAUUUGGCGGUUUUAUUAUCGACGAGGCUGAAGUGGAUGACGAGGUUGAAGAUGACGAUGAAUGGGAGGAUGGAGCGCAGGAGAUAGGAAUUGUUGGAAAUGAAGUGGACGAGUUAGGGCCGACUGCACCUGAAAUUGAGGGAAGACGUCGAGGCACAAAUCUCUGGGAUUCACAGAAAGAAGAUGAAAUUGAAGAGUAUCUCAGAAAGAAAUAUGCCGACGAAUCCGUCGUUUCACGUCACUUCGGAGAUGGGGGUGAAGAAAUGAGUGAUGAAAUUACCCAGCAAACGCUUUUACCUGGUGUGAAAGACCCCAAUCUCUGGAUGGUCAAGUGCCGUAUCGGUGAAGAAAAAGCCACUGUGCUUUUACUCAUGCGAAAAUUCAUAACGUAUCAGUUCUCAGGAGAGCCAUUGCAAAUAAAAUCUGUUGUUGCGCCUGAGGGUGUGAAGGGCUAUAUUUACAUCGAAGCAUACAAACAGCCUCAUGUAAAGGCCGUUAUAGAAAACGUUGGUAAUCUGAGAAUGGGUAUUUGGAAACAACAAAUGGUUCCAAUCAAGGAGAUGACGGAUGUGUUGCGCGUCGUCAAGGAACAAACUGGCCUGAAGGCAAAGCAAUGGGUUCGUUUGAAGAGGGGAAUAUACAAGGAUGACAUAGCACAAGUGGACUACGUGGAUUUGGCGCAAAAUCAAGUACAUUUAAAACUGUUACCAAGAAUAGACUACACGAGACCUCGAGGUGCCCUAAGAACCGCGCAAAGUGAAUCCGAGGCACUUAAACGCAAAAAGAAAAGACGACCCCCGGCGAAACCUUUCGAUCCGGAAGCAAUCCGCGCAAUUGGUGGAGAGGUGACCAGUGACGGAGACUUUUUAAUAUUUGAAGGGAACAGAUACAGUCGAAAAGGAUUUCUCUACAAAAAUUUCACGACAAGUGCCAUCAUUGCCGAAGGUGUUAAACCGACGCUCUCUGAACUGGAGAGAUUUGAAGAAGCUCCCGAGGGUAUAGACAUAGAACUGAGCGGCACUCCGACUACAGGAGUUUCUGCCGGUAAAGAGGAUCAGGCGGUUACUCAUUCGUUCAGUAACGGCGACAAUGUGGAAGUUUGCGAAGGAGAAUUGAUGAAUUUACAAGGAAAAAUUGUAUCAAUUGAUGGUAACAUGAUAAUGGUCAUGCCGAAGCACGAGGAACUGAAAGAAGCCUUAGAAUUCCAGGCAAAUGAGUUGAGAAAAUACUUUAGAAUGGGAGAUCAUGCAAAGGUAGUGGCUGGAAGAUACGAAGGAGACACGGGGCUGAUUGUACGUGUCGAACAAAAUAGGGUCGUUCUUUUUUCCGAUUUGUCAAUGCACGAGCUAGAGGUACUCCCACGAGAUCUACAACUUUGUUCAGACAUGGCGACCGGCGUUGACAGCUUGGGUCAAUUUCAAUGGGGUGAUCUAGUACAGCUCGAUGUUCAGACCGUCGGCGUAAUCGUUCGUUUGGAGCGCGAGAAUUUUCACGUACUAUCGAUGCAUGGGAAAGUUGUCGAGGCAAGACCGCAAGGUCUUACAAAGCGCCGUGAAAACAGAAACGCAGUCGCGUUAGAUUCGCAGCAAAAUACGAUCCAGAAAAAGGAUAUAGUGAAGGUAAUUGACGGACCGCACGCAGGCAGAGGAGGUGAGAUCAAGCAUCUUUACAGAAGUUUCGCGUUUCUGCACUCGAGAAUGUAUUUGGACAAUGGAGGAAUAUUCGUAUGUAAAACUAGACAUCUUCAGUUAGCCGGUGGCAACAAAGCAGGAAUGGGCCCAGCGAUGUCGCCAUCGUUCGGAUUUAUGUCUCCCAGAAUCGCAUCACCGAUGCACCCAAGUGGUGGCGGGUUCGGAAGAGGUGGUGGGGGAGGCGGAAGAGGCAGAGGCCGAGGUGGAGGUGCGAGACGCGACAGAGAGCUGAUAGGAACCACGAUAAAGAUAACGGGUGGGCCGUACAAGGGUAACGUGGGAAUAGUAAAAGACGCAACAGAGAAUACGGCGCGUGUAGAACUUCAUUCGACUUGUCAAACGAUAUCUGUGGAUCGUUCUCACAUUGCAAACGUUGGCGUGCCGACCAAGGACGGCGGAUUCAGUAGCUACAACCGAACCCCGGCUUACACGGCCGGUGGUCAGACUCCGAUGUACGCUAGAGAUGGUUCAAAAACUCCGAUGCACGGUUCGCAAACGCCGAUGUACGAAAAUGGCUCGCGCACGCCGCAUUAUGGCUCGAUGACACCUUCGCACGAUGGUUCCCGUACCCCUGGUCAAUCAGGGGCAUGGGAUCCGGCUGUGACAAACACGCCGGCGAGAGCGAACGACUUCGACAAUUACAGCAUGGAAGAAGGAGGGUCUCCGGGUUACGCUCCCGGCUACCCCUCGACAGGCGGUCCGUUUACACCCCAAACACCCGGGACAAUGUACGGAUCGGAGCAGAGCUACAGUCCCUAUCAGCCAAGUCCCAGUCCGGCUGCGAGCGCCAGCGCAAGCCCGAGUCCAGCCGGUUAUGUGGCCACUCCAUCUCCCUCGGGAACUGGGUACACUACGAGUCCGCACGGCGCGUUUGCGUCGCCAUCGCCGAUGGGUUAUAGCCCGAUGACACCAGGCGUCGCGGGCAGUCCUUACAAUCCUCAAACACCCGGAGCUGGACUCGACGCUGGGGCUAGUAGCGGUAUGAUUAUGGGCUCAGAAUGGCAUACCACUGAUAUAGAAGUACGGAUACGCGAUACUCACCAGGAUCCGGCCCUGGCUGGGCAGCAAGGUGUAAUCCGCGGAAUAUCGGGUGGCAUGUGCGCCGUUUUUCUACCUGCCGAAGACAGAGUGGUGAAUCUUUUGUGCGAGCAACUAGAGCCUGUUGUUCCGUCUCGCGGUGAUCAGGUCAAAGUUGUCGUCGGCGAGGAUAGAGAAGCAGUAGGAAUUCUUCUUUCGAUUGAUAAUCAAGAGGGGGUCGUUAAACUUAGUACAGACGCUGUUAAGAUGUUGCAUCUACGAUUUCUUUGUAAAAUGAAAGCUCCGACGACUUAGUAAACUAACACGAGUAUCUUGUUAGAGACAUAUAAUACGUUGCAUCUCACGAUUUCACACGAUUUUUCAAAGGGACCCGUGCAGACGUUAAACUUGGUGAAUAAGUUAUUUUAGGGGCAAUUCGUCCCGCGUGGAAUGUUUACAGCAAUCUUAUAGGCUUAUGUACCACGCGAAGUUUAAUACAAGUUUAUACAAUAAUUCUUCUGGAACAAAUCAAUUGUAAUAAAAAAAGGAAAUGUAGUAAAUACCUAAAGUAACACUGCUCAGGAAAAGGGUUUAGAAAUCCCCAUCAAAAAUAUUCGGAGCUACAAACUUGAAAAAAAUGUCAGUCUGAUCACUUACCGCUAUGCUUUUUCGUAUUCGGUAGAAUUUAAAAACGGGAUUAAUUGUAUCCGAAAAAUGUCUGCAAGUGUCGCAAUUCUAACAUUGUGAGAAUGAAUCAAUUUGUUUUACAUUCAAGAUUUCCGAUACUUACUCGUUACGUAUAGUACCUAAUUAAAAUAAAAUAUUCGUUAUAUCCCAACACUUAACAUAGGCCUGAAAGAUUAAUUAUUGUAACGAUCUAGAUGGGAUCUUUCUGCUGACAAAUAAAUUUCUAUACAAAAUUUA